CUGCUUCAUUCACUUCUAGAAGAGAGUGAAAUUUGUUAAUUCGACUCGGGUCUGUGUCAAACUUCUUCAUCAUGGGAAAUGUGUUCACGAGCCUGUUCAAGGGUUUGUUUGGCAAGAAGGAGAUGAGGAUCUUGAUGGUUGGGUUGGAUGCGGCCGGAAAGACUACAAUCCUCUACAAACUUAAACUCGGUGAAAUCGUGACUACUAUUCCAACUAUAGGGUUUAACGUGGAAACAGUCGAAUACAAGAACAUAAGCUUCACUGUGUGGGAUGUGGGUGGUCAGGAUAAGAUCAGACCUCUUUGGAGACAUUAUUUCCAGAACACCCAGGGGCUCAUAUUCGUCGUAGACAGCAACGACAGGGAGAGGAUUGGUGAGGCUAGAGAUGAAUUGAUGAGGAUGUUGGCGGAGGAUGAACUGAGAGAGGCUGUCCUCCUCAUAUUCGCGAACAAACAGGAUUUACCCAACGCGAUGAAUGCUGCCGAGAUCACAGAUAAACUUGGCCUCCAUAGUCUUAGGAAUAGAAAUUGGUACAUUCAGGCUACUUGCGCUACAUCCGGAGAUGGUCUGUAUGAAGGUUUGGAUUGGCUCAGUAACCAGCUCAAGAACGCAAACCGUUAAUAUCUUCAUGUGGCGCUAAGCUCCCUCGUUUCAGCGGUCUCUCUCCGCAUCCUACCAUUCCGGACAGACCCUACAAGCGCGCAAUUGAUAAUUGCGCGUUUAUCAAAUUUUACAUAUGGACAACUUCUCCAGUGACUUGGGUUUAUUUAUCGUGUUAUUUUCCCAGAUUUUCUUAAUUUAUUAAUAAUCAAUACAAUCUGUUUCUGUAUUAUUUAUUCGGCCAAUUCAUUGUGAUAAAUUCCUUUAUGGCGGUUUGCAGAUCAUUUUUACAGUAAGUACGCGAUGCAUUUUAUGUUUAGGAGUUUUACUUGUAAUUAAAUCUUAUAUAGAAACUA